AUGAGGACGAGCCAAGCUUCUGUUCACAACCCUGGAGAUGAGCCCACGAGGAUCACUGGCGUCAAGAGAUAUAUUAACGAAGGAUGUGCGGAUGGAGAUUCGUGGAAACUGAAAUUCUCUGUUUCUUUCUUGAGGGAAGAAAACAUAAAAGAUUCCACAGCCUUCGUUAGGAAAAAACCUCCUAAAAGACCAAAGAAGAGACAAUAA